AGAGUAUCAAGAGAAGAAAGAACCUGACUAGGGUUGCCUGGCUUAAAGGGACAGGCUCCCCGUUCCUCCGACCCCUCUAAGCUGCCCCCUCCAGGUCGUGAUCCUGUCUCCCUGUCCUGUAGGACCUCCCUCUCCUGAGGCCACCACUGGGCCCCCUUCUGAGUGUCCCCUGAGCACUCUCUCAGUAUGAACUGCAUAUCCGACUUCUUCACCUAUGAGACCACCAAAUCGGUGGUUGUGAAGAGCUGGACCAUCGGGAUCAUCAACCGAGUAGUUCAGCUUCUGAUCAUCUCCUACUUUGUGGGGUGGGUUUUCUUGCACGAGAAGGCAUACCAGGUACGGGACACAGCCAUUGAGUCCUCGGUGGUAACCAAGGUGAAGGGCUUCGGACUCUACGCCAACAGAGUCAUGGAUGUGUCUGAUUAUGUGACGCCACCUCAGGGCACCUCGGUCUUUGUCAUCAUCACCAAGAUGAUUGUUACUGAAAACCAGAUGCAAGGAUUCUGCCCAGAGAGUGAGGAGAAAUACCGCUGUGUAUCAGAUAGCCAGUGCAGGCCUGAGCGCUUCCCAGGCGGGGGGAUCCUCACUGGCCGCUGCGUGAACUACAGCUCUGUGUUCCGGACCUGUGAGAUCCAGGGCUGGUGCCCCACGGAGGUGGACACGGUGGAAAUGCCCAUCAUGAUGGAAGCUGAAAACUUCACUAUUUUCAUCAAGAACAGCAUCCGUUUCCCCCUCUUCAACUUUGAGAAGGGAAACCUCCUUCCCAACCUGACAGCCAGGGACAUGAAGACCUGCCGCUUCCACCCGGACAAGGACCCUUUCUGCCCCAUCUUGCGGGUAGGGGACGUAGUCAAGUUUGCGGGGCAGGAUUUUGCCAAACUGGCGCGCACGGGUGGAGUUCUGGGCAUUAAGAUUGGCUGGGUGUGCGACUUGGACAAGGCCUGGGACCAGUGCAUCCCCAAGUACUCCUUCACCCGGCUGGACAGCGUUUCUGAGAAGAGCAGCGUGUCCCCAGGCUACAACUUCAGGUUUGCCAAGUACUACAAAAUGGAGAACGGCAGUGAGUACCGCACCCUCCUGAAGGCUUUCGGCAUCCGCUUCGACGUGCUGGUGUACGGGAAUGCUGGCAAGUUCAACAUCAUCCCCACCAUCAUCAGCUCUGUGGCGGCCUUUACUUCUGUGGGAGUGGGAACUGUUCUCUGUGACAUCAUCUUGCUCAACUUCCUCAAGGGGGCCGAUCAAUACAAGGCCAAGAAGUUUGAGGAGGUGAAUGAGACUACGCUGAAAAUCGCCGCUUUGACCAACCCAGUGUACCCCAGCGACCAGACCACGGCGGAGAAGCAGUCCACCGAUUCGGGGGCCUUCUCCAUAGGCCACUAGGGCCUCUGUCCAGGGACCCACACUCACAAAGGCUCCAGGCCUCCCCACAGGGGACCCUGCCUGAGCAAGGGGGCAUGGGAGGGAAGAGGGGCUCUCCUUGCUGCUGCUCACUCCAUGAGCACAGCUGGGACCCAGGUGUCUGGGCCUCCCACUGCUCCAGCGGACAGGCAGUGCCCCCUGCUGAGACCCCAAUCUCACCUUCACUCCUUGCCUGACCCCAUCUGCUUCCUAGGACCCCUGGGGCAGGAGCACCUGAGCCGUCCCUUUCCUAAAGAGUAGAGAUGAUGAUGUAGAACAGAUGGCCACAAGGGCCUACCAGGUGCCAGGCACUUUCACACACGUUAUCUCAUUUAAUCCUUAGAGUAAUCCUAUGAGGUACAUACUAGUUUCCCUUGUUUUGAAGAUAAACCAGGGCUCAGAGAGACUGAGUCAUUUGCCCCAGGCCAGACAGUCAGGAGGUGAGAGAGCUGGGAUGUGAACCUCCGUCUGACUAACUCCAUCACCUACACCCCAUGAGAGAAGAAUGAACUCCCGGGGGCCUCAGCCCUGCUGCUUCAGCCGCCUCUGCCCUGGCCAUGAUUCGGUUAGUAAAGAGUA